CUUCUUUUAUUUUAUCGAAUGGACAAAUUCGGUUCGUAAACUGAUCAACGUUUUUUUUAAUCCUUUUGAAAGAAAAAAAAAAAAAAGAACUGAUGAAAGAGACAAUUAAUUUAGUAGGUGAUAUUGGUAAAGUACUGUAUGAUGCAGGAAUAGACUUUUACAACAAGAAAAAUUAUGCUCCAGCGUUAUCUUAUUUUGUCCAUGCUGCUCAAUUAUUCAAUCAACCAGACGCUCAAUACAAUGUUGGACAUAUGUGUAAAGAAGGGUAUGGAACAGAAAAGGAUUAUAGUGAAGCCUUAUAUUGGCUCACCAAGGCCUCAGAAAACGGAAGAACAGAGGCCAUGUUUGAAAUAGGCCAACUUUAUCUGGAUGAAAACAAGAGACGUUCUCAAGGAUCUGAAACAUUACUCGAUCCAUGGCCAACAAAAUCUGUUGAACAAGGAUACUUGGCUGCCAAUCUGGAUUUAUUUGUCUUGUAUCAAGAUAACCCCGCUUUACCUCGCCAUGAAUAUACCAUGCGGUGGUUACGAGACACGCCUGUUGCUUCUUCUUCUUCUUGUCCAACUUACGGUCUAUGCAAGGUUAUUACAAAGUACUUAAAAGCACAUCGUUAUGAGGGAGCCACCAAGUAUUCAAAUGAUCCUAUUUACGAGCUGGCUUUGCGAUGGCUUGUAAAGGCUGCAGAAAAUGGUGUUGUCGCGGCGAUGCAUCAGAUAGGGAUGCUUUACCUCUGUGGUACAGGUGUCAAAAAACAAGAAGAAACCGCCUGUCAGUGGCUAACGCGAUCUGCUGAACGAAAUGACUUAUCAUCGCAGUUAGAACUAGGUAUAUUUUAUCAAAAGUCCAUUGCUAGUCAGCGCGAUUAUGAAAAAUCAAUGCAUUGGUUUGAAAAAGCUGCUGAUACGACCAUUACCACCACCACCAUCGCCACUGGGAACAAUGAACAGGGCAAAAAUAUCGAAAAGAUGGCUGUCGCACAGUAUUAUAUUGGAAUGUUUUAUAAAUAUGGACUGAAAGUUUCUGUUAAUUACAAGUUGGCUUGGCAGUGGUUUGGGAAAUCUGCAGACAAUGGUUGUCUUUUAGGCAAAAUGGAAAUAGGUUUGAUGUACUACCAAGGGAUGUAUGUUCCAAAGGAUGAGGAACGUGGUAUGCGCUUGUUAAAAUUUCUCGUCAGCGAUGGACAUGUGUAUUCACAAGUGGAGCUAUGUUGUAUAUAUUCUAAAGGUAAUCCAGGGGUUUAUGACUAUACACCUUCAAUGCAGUGGUUUUUGGAUGAAUUAGAUGAUGCCACAUCUCAAAGUUGGAUUGGAGUCAUGUAUUUACGAGGCUGGGGUGUUGAAAAAAACGAAUUAAUAGCAUUGCAGUGGUUCAGAAAGGCUCUAGAUAGAGCGCCCACCUCUAAAAUUGGAAACCAGGACACUCAUCUGGUACCUUUGAAUUGGAAUGAGGCUGUACUUUGGUAUAAAUCAACUGUCGCAAAAAACGGGAAUCAUCUGUCUCCAUAUGGUCCUGCUCAAUGUUACUUGGAAGAUCAAGGCUCUGUACAUGAAACGUUUGCCAAUCUGGAUUUACUCCAAAGUUUAGCAGCGCAGGGAAAUAGCCAAGCUCAAAAUAGUCUUGGUUUAAAGUAUAUUGAAGGAGAGCUUAUUGAACAGAAUUACGGUACAGCCAUGAUGUGGUUUGAGAAAGCCAUCUCAAACGAAGAAAAUGUCGAUGCCCUACGUAACAUUAUUGAUAUGCAUCAACAUGGUUGGGUUGCCGAAAAAAAUCCGGUUUUAGUUCUUCAUUAUCUUCUCAGAUUAGCUAGGGCGGAAGCGGUUAUUAGAAAUAAGAAGAACAUACAAACAAGUACGAGUAAUGAUGCUUCAACGUCUACAGCAAUCAACGAAACCAAACAUAUUAAUUCUGUUAUAACAUCCUUGAAAAUGACUUUGCAUGAAGAUUCUGUUCCACAAAAAGAAAUAAAAGAAGAAAAAGAGAAUAAUGUGAAAGAAACCUAUACCGAGGAAGACCCCGUCAAAUUCUUCCAUGUAGAAGAUACUAGCAAAUUCCUCCAUGUAGAAAAUACUAGCCAAUUUUUUUAUGUUGAAGACACCCAGAAAGUCUCUCAUGCAGAAGAAUCCUGCAGCACUCAAGAAGAGAAAUCAGGCAUGACCCUUCGGGUAGAAGACAGGAGUGUCACUACAGAGUUGUCGCCACCGCCAACUUUUACUUAUGAUAAUAUAGUGUCCUGCGUGACACAAUUAUUUUUCUAGACAUUGGUAAAUCUUUUAUUCAGAUACUCAAGUAUGAUUUUGAGAGCAAGAACAGCCUUGUUGCCUUUUAAUUACUCACUUUUAAUAAAUGAGUGUCUCUGCAUCUAUCAAUUGACCUCACUUUGUGACUCAAUAAAAAUUGAUUUUAGACAUUU